AUGGCAAUAAUCUUGAUUCACUUGCGCCGAAUUCUGCUGCUGGUCACGGUCGCUUAUCUGUGCGGUACAUUGGUGAAAAAGCUGGUCUACGGCGUGCGCUAUCCGAAGAUUAACAGUCUACUGUUUACCAAGCGGCUCCACUGCCAGCUGUGGGUGUAUCUGUACACAAUCUAUCUGUACCUGUAUCCAUGGACGUCAAGCUAUAAUCCAACAACUUCGUUUAGUUUGUCAUCCGGUUCCACCUAUGGAAGCAGUAGAUACUCUUCCGAACCGUCAAGCUCACGGUUUAGUACCUUGGGUGGAAGCAGCUUUCGUCCAUCGUAUACUUUCGGUACUUACCGAUCUCCACGGACCACCACGUCGAAUGUAUCGACCUACAUCAGUCGUUACUCCAGCCUCGCAGCGGAAAAGGAGAAAGAAAAGGAACGUGAAAAGGCCAAAGAGGAAGAGCGGCGUCGUGAGCGGGAACGUGAACGAGAGCAACGCGAGAAAGAGCGAGAAAAAGAGCGCGAUCGGGAAAAGGAUCGGCUUAUCGAAACUUCGCGCAAACUUGAGGCGGAGUUAGAGAAAGAGAAGCCAAAAUUUGUUAAGAAAUCCGCCCUUAUUGCGGCAAAAUAUGGUGCCACGGUAGAAAGCGAAGAUGCGACUAAAGCGGGAUCGAAAGCAGCUAUCAGUAAGCCAAAAAAGGAUAACGCCCCACCCGUUACGUUUACUACUAGGUAUGGGAAAACGGGAGUAGCACGUGAAAAGUCCAGAGAACCAAGUCCAGCUGCCAGGUCUAAUUCAAUAACCAAUCUAGCAGGGAAUCGUGCUAAAGCUCGAGAUCCAAGUCCCGCCGGCGGGGCUGCUUCCAGUAGAAUCCGUUCUAGAGAUCCAAGUCCAGCGGUUGACAACAAAAAGACUGGCGGAUAUGCAGCGGCCAUUGCUAGCAAGCUCGAGAAUGGAAUCAAUCAAUCGACAACCAGAGAAUACAAGCGACAAGCAUCGAAUACGGUUGGAAGUUUCCUGCAGAACAGAGCAAGAUCGCGAGAUCCUAGUCCUACAGUUCGAACGAAAACCUCACGAGAAUCCAGUCCAGUGGAAACGAAAAAGAUUACGAAACCCUUCAUAGCCCGAUCAAGAGAUCCUAGUCCAGUGGUUGUAACUAAAACGAAUUCUGUGACCAAUAAGUUUACGGCUAAUGCGAGGUCACAACCUCAUGAUGCAGCUGGUGCCGACGCGAAAAAGUUCUCUAGCAGUGUUACCGUUCGAACUGGUGCAAGAUCAAGAGAUCCAAGUCCAGCCGAGUCAAAGAAAAUUCCAAUUUUCACUUCUAGUAAACUGAGAUCUCGAGAUCCAAGCCCAGCAAGUACGAAAACGUCGACAUUUUCAAGCGGCUCACUAAGAACUAGAACACGAGAUCCUAAUAAAACAACUGGAAUGCAAUCUCUAACGCUACCAGGGACGACCAGGACUCGAGAUCCAAGUCCAUCGUUUUCGAAGAUACGUAGUCGCGAUCCCAGUCCUGCACAGUCCUGUACAUCCGGAACUAGACGUUCUUCGCGUGAGCCAAGCCCAGCGGAAUCCAUUCGUGAGAAGUACGGUCUCAACACAAGCUCGUACCGCCCGUACGGCAGAAGUAACAGUGCAUUGAACACCAGUUCGUCUCGUCUACCGGCUAGUUCUAGUCCAGUUCCAGGUGCAGUUGCAUUAUCCUAUAUGACGACUAACGAAGCAAUAGCUGCCAGAGUCAGUCGUCCUUCGUCAAGAAUUGCGAACUCCCAAUCCAGGGAAACCUCACAGUGUCCAUCGCCUCUGUUGAUUCGAAGUCAAAUUUUCUCCCCCGAACCUCCAGUGCCGAUCGUAGAGAAUGGCAAAAAAGAGGACGCAGAAGAGGAAAGUUCGUCGACAACGGAGUCUAGCUCUUCUGAGGAAGAGUCUUCCGAAGAAACGGAAAGUAGUGUUGAACCUGAACCCAAAAUUUUCAUUGAAGUUACGCUGGUAACGCGUGGUACUUCUCCAACACCCCCUGGUUCUACACCGUACAUCAGAGCUAGACGUGCUGAAAUGUGUAAAACUAUCGAAAAAACAAUCCAAAAGCAGUUGUUGAAUGUACAAACAGCUGACAAAGCAAUUCAGUCGGAUCGGAUGGACGACUCAACCAGGUACCUUCGAUACGCCCAGCCAACAACAAGAAACUGGUCCCCAUUUCUGGACUCCAAGUUCAGCUCCAGCGGCUCUUCGGGAUACACCAGAUACUCAAGUGCAUCCUCCCGAUACAGUCGUGACAGCCAGAGUCAAAGCCGCGAAACCAGCGUCUGCUCAAACCGAAGUGACGCCACCGAAAAGAAGGAAGAGAAAAUCUCAACCCUAGCAGCUCGCGUAAAAGAAAUGAGCCUGUCGAAAUCUACCAGCCCGAAAGUGAAUUCAUCCGCCAGCAGAUCGUCAACGAGCACUCCUUCUUUCAAGCAGAAGACCCCUCCAAAGCAAAAAUCACCCGAAAAGCCUCCACCUGCUCCAGCGAAGGACGGCUCCCCAACGAAGACGGCAACGAAUGCCGCCAAUUCCAGAAUAAACAAAGACUUCCGCAAGUCCGCCCUAAAUAUGGGUCCAGCACCGGACAGACCGCGGAAAGGUUCCACUUCGUCCAGCAAGUCCAGCUCAUCGACAUCGUCUGCAUCGACAGCGACGCCGGUAGCGGAAACGAUCACUCAGAACGGCACCGUUAGUAGUAGUCGAAUACCACAGAAUUCACGCGCAAGUGCAAGUCCUGCCCGCCGUUCGGAUCGAUCUUCGUCGUCCAGCUCGGAAGUGAGCACGUCCACUACCGCUUCGACGACCUCGACAGAGUCGGGUGGAAAGCAACGCAUUAUAUCAUCGACCGAUGCGGUUACCGAUGCGUCAAAUGCCAACAACGAACUGCUGAUGCGUGCAAUUCAGUUGGCAACGAACUUUGUCAACAACAAUCGCAAUAAUCCGAUCGGUUGGAACGAUACCAACAGUGUGACGAGUGCGACUGAAAGUCUAAGCUUAGACCAUGGGUCGAAAUCCGGCUGGGAAGCGGGAACGCAUUACAUGGAAAGCAUAAAAGAUGAAGAUUCUACCGAAGAAGAGGAGGAGGAGGAGGCCGAUGAAGCAAACCGCACGUCCGGUUUGCUGCAGGCAAAAUGGUGGAACAAUGAUACUGUGGGCGUUCAACAUUCACCAGUUACGGCACAAGAUGCCUCACCUAAAGCUAGAACUUUCAUGUACCGCAUUCGACCCGUUCAGUCGGGCGAGAAAGCUUGGUGGCUGACCGAGGAUCAGGACAAUAAGGAAUCAUCCGUUGAGUCACCUGCCAGAGAUACUGAACGUUCGAAAACGGAUGAAAGUAAAACUAAGAGUCCAGGAUCGGAACAGGUGGCUUGGUGGUUGUCAAAUGAUGGAAACGAUAACGACGAAAGUGACAGCCGAAAGGCACUGGAAAAUAAUCGAAUUAACGAUGAAGGUGAAGAAAAUAAGCUCGUGAAGCUCACUAAAAUUGAUUCAGGCGAGAAGGCCUGGUGGAUGACAAAUAAUGCGAGUAACGUAGCUUCCAAAGAAAACUCACCGGAGAAGAAGAGUCCAGGAUUUACGCUGUACACGCUGGAAGCUGAAGACCAAGCUUGGUGGGACGAAGCCAUGGCAGAUUUGGAGAAGAAAGAUAAAUCAAGUACUGCUAGCAGUAGCAGUAAAGCUCCAUCUAAAGAAUCAACACCGGAGCCCAAAACUCAAGGUUUCAUAAUUUCCCGUGUCAAAUCCGGUGAACGGGCAUGGUGGAUGUGUAGUACGGAAAAAGUAAACGAAGCAGUGAACAGUGAUGGCUCCUCAGUUCGAGAGUGCAGUCCCGUGAAGGCGAAACCGUUCAAAAUCACCCGAAUAGAAUCGGGCGAAGCUCCUUGGUGGAUGACAGACACGCAGGAAAACGCCAUCUCCCGGUCCGGAUCCAAAGCAAACGUUGUCAGCCGUUCGAACAGUUUCAAUUCGAAACAAUCCAACAGUCCAACGAAGUAUAAAAUAACUCGAGUUGAGUCCGGCGAGAAAGCCUGGUGGAUGGACAGUCCGGAGGAGAAGAGUGUAAGUCCCCAAAAGUUAUCCUCUUUCAUCGAAACACACGGAGAGGAGGAAAACCAUCAGUCUCAAAUGGACAGUGAAUUAGACGAGGAGAUACGAAAUAUAGGAAAAUUUGUUGCUGGUUUACCGCAUUUUCCUAACGGUGAGUUCACUGUGGAAACAGUUAUCGAAACUCCCCUUGGUGAUCGUGCUAGUCCGGAGGGCGUCGAAGACGCCAAAGAUACCCAUCGAUCAUCGCCGUACGACAACAUUCCCACGACCGGCAAUGCAUCCAGCGCGGAACCGAAACUGGACCGAAAAGUCCAGUCUACCCAGGAGCCGGUAUUUAUUUCACGCCAUACCAACAUCGACGAUCUGCUGGGCGGAUCAUGUCACCCGCUGAGUCCAAUGAUGGAUCGUUUGUUCGCUUUGGACGGCUUGCAGGAAAUCUCACCACAGGAUGUGCGGGUGCACGACAGCACGGCGCAUUUCAUCUAUGGCAGCAGCCGGUUCAACAGUGGUGAAGACGAGCGAACGGGCAAAGAUGUGGUGAAACAACAUCUCAUCUCCAUUAUCACAUUCACCAGUCACAGUCAGCAACAAUUUAUUUCCGUCCAGCAGUGUAGCGAACGGUGCGGUGGCAGGCUUAGUGGCAAUUCAUCCGACAUGACCAGCAUUUAG